AUGAGCUCGACAUCAGCGUCUAAGACCCGGCCUUACGGUGACCUGAAAGACACCAUCAGCCUUCCGAACUGCUACUGCUUGAACGAAGAUCGGCAGCAUCCCUUUCGCAAUAUCUUCUGUGGAGACGAGACGCUGCAGCUCAAGUCGGACGCUGAUGAGCAAUUGAUGCUCUAUAUCGAGUUCCAAGAUCCUGUCAAGCUCUUUUCGCUCAAUCUCGUGGCCCCUGCAAGCGACGAAGCGCCACGGAUCAUCAAGCUGAUUGUAAACCGCCCAAAUCUCAGCUUCUCGGACGGCUCGGACGUUGAACCCGUGCAGACGAUUGAGCUAAAAAAAUCGGAUUUUCUUCCUGAAAACGACGUCGAGCUACGUUUUGUCAAGUUCCAGAGCGUGAAGAACAUCACGCUUUUUGUCGAGGCGAAUUAUGGCGCUGACGAGACGGUCAUUUCGAGUCUCACCUUCUUUGGCGAGCCUCUAGCAGGGACAAACAUGAACGAUCUCAAGAAGAUUAGCGACGAGUGA